UAAAGGCCGUCUCUUUACAUCCCAUAACUGUACUGAAACUUCCAUCCAUUCAAAAUGGGAAAGAUCUUCUUCUACGAGGAGAGAAACUUCCAAGGCCGCUGCUAUGAGUGCAGCUCAGAGUGUUCUGAUCUGUCCUCUUACUUCAGUCGAUGCAACUCCAUCAGGGUGGACAGUGGGAACUGGAUCCUGUAUGAGCACCCCAGUUACAGGGGACACCAAUAUUAUCUCUGGAAAGGAGAAUACCCAGACUUUCAGAGAUGGAUGGGCUUCAAUGACUACGUCAGAUCCUGCCGCUUUAUUCCCCAAUACCAGGGUCAAUAUAAAAUGAGAAUCUAUGAAAGAGGAGACUUCCAAGGGCAGAUGAUGGAGUUCUUUGAUGACUGCCCCAAUACUUAUGAUCGAUUCCGUUUCCGUGACAUUCACUCCUGCAAUGUGUUUGAUGGCCACUGGAUGUUCUACGAGGAGCCCAACUACAGGGGGCGUCAGUACUACCUGAGACCUGGAGAAUACAGGAAAUUCAGUGACUGGGGAGCCUCAAGCGCCAGAAUUGGAUCUUUUAGAAGAGUUCAUCAUAUGUUUUAAUUAAUUUGAGACAUAUAACACUGACACUACAGAAAGUUUAACUUUCAAUAAAAAUAUCUUUUCAAGUUAAAA